UACACCGAAAGAUUCGCUUUCAUUUAUCCAAUUAAAGUUGUUUUGUAAAAUGGAAAAUAAACUGUAUUAUAAAAUACUGUUUGGACUCUUCUUCGCGCUCUUUCAAACGUAUAGUGUGGAGGGUGCUGACUCUGACCAUUCCGCUGAUGAUGGGUCUUUGACCAUUUUCGUGGACGCGGGUAAGGACAUAGAGAGUUUCUUAACUUUGGCUAAAUCAAUCGAAAGAAAGCAAAGUCUUAUAGAUGACGCCUUGAAAAGAAUGUCAGCGAAAAUCGGUGCGUUGGAAGAAAGAAUGGCCACGGAAGCCAAAGCAACAGAGGAGAGAUGGGCCCAACGAUUGACAGAGGGGAUAAAAACUGCGGAAGGAAGAAUGCCAGCGGAAUUUCAACGGUUGAAUCAGAAAGUAGUUGGGUUAAGCAACCAGCUUGCCAAAAGUCGAGACAUUGCCACCCCGCAGAAACGGCCUGCAGAACUUGCUUGUGAUAAAAUAACUAAUGAUUUGCGAUCGAUUGGAGAGACCACAUUUGAUGGCAUGCCCUACUCCGCCCUCAGGCUUUAUUGUUCUGAUAACCAACCUAAAUUUUGCAGAGGCGCUUUGAUUGACAAACGUUUUUUAAUAACGGCAGCAAGUUGCGUAUCAACUGACAAAUAUGCGAAGGUAGAAGUGGAUUCAGUGAUGAGAGGAAUAAAGGCUAUUCACAUUCAUUCCAACUACUCUUCAAAAACGCCCUCCCUUAACAACAUUGCCUUGAUUGAACUGGAAAGUGAUGUGGGUUACACUCCCGAAAGGUAUCCAGUGUGCUUAUAUACAUCACAAGUGAAUCCAGAGAGUGAUUUGAUGGGAAUAUACGGGAAAGCUCAGAUUGUAACAGACGCUGAGUGUUUUAAUAAGAUCGGUACUCACCUGAAAAUAUCACAAAUAUGUUUAAAGAAUUUGCAAUUUGGACUCACUUUCUCUGGCUGGCCAAUAUACGAGGUUCAAGAAAAUUUCCCCAAAUUUAAAUUGUUUGCAAUUGUAGCGAACGAAACGAAAUCUGACCAUUUUGAACCUUAUGUGAUAACGAAAGUGUUUGAUCACUUGAACUUUAUAGAAAGCAUUGUAUGGCCGAAGAGAGGCAAAUGAAUUUCGAAUGUAAUAAUUUUCAAUAAUCAAAUAUACAAAUAAAGUAAAACCGUUUAUUCAACAUAUUUACGAAUAUGUAAAA